UUUUUUGAGCUGAGACUGAUUAGACAUUUUAGUUUUUGAUUGUGCGACAAAACGUGUUACGGUGGUAUGUUCAUAUAUUUUGUAAUUGUCGUGUUUUCUAUUAUAAUAUCAAUUUUGAAUAUCGUACUAAACAUGAUGAUAUUUAGACCGAUUAUAAGGUUUGUAUUCAGUUUCGAAUAACUGCCAUACCUGAUCUACUACAUUAAGUAUUGCUGUCUGUUUAUAUAAUGUUUUAUUGAGAAUAUUCCGUGAAGAGCUUCUAGGUUUUAAAAUAAUGGAAUGUACAUCUGAAAAUAGCCUCAUAAGUAAAUUUGAAUGUCCGGUUUGCUUCAAAUACAUGAUUCCACCAAUCAGACUCUGUUUAUCAGGACAUAGUUACUGCAGCAGUUGUUUUGACAAACUGAAAAAUUGCGCUCUUUGUAGAGCCAACAAAAGUCCUUACAGGUGUAUUGUAUUGGAACAAAUCCACGCUACUUUAUCGUUUCCCUGUAAAUAUUAUGAUCAAGGAUGCGUUUUCAGAGGAAAAGGAGAUGUUAUGACAGACCAUCAGGAAUAUUGCGAUUUCUCACCCGCUUUAUGUCCUUUAAGAUUUAAUGAAUGCGAGUGGCGUGGAUCGAAAUCGGAAAUUCUGGAUCACUGCCGUAACCUUCAUCCCGAUAAUCUGUUUUUCGAAAACAAACAAAAACUCAAAGUGACAAAUUUCUAUAACAUAAUGAAUAGAAAUUACUUCAUUUUAUUUUAUAUAUUCGACACUGUGUUCAGGUGUACUUGGGAUCUUAUCGAAGAUUCGGGAACCGUAAGAUUUGCCGUAUACGUCUUGAAUAAACCGUCAAAACUACGUCAAUAUUCGUUCAAAAUAACCGUUUUCGAUACGCAAACAAAUAUGGAAGUGAUCACUCUCAUGGGACCUUGUUACUAUUUGAAGGACGAUAAUCUUAAGUUUCUUGGUAAGAAGUAUUUAUCGAGCAAUCACGAUUACUUCAAAGGGUUUUGUGACAACAACGGCGAUUUAAAUUACGCCAUAACUAUUAUUAAUAAUAUACGAAACGAACGAAAAGAGCAAGAAGAUUUUGAUGAUUUAUUUCAGUGAUCAUUCUACUACUCUUUCAUUUCAUACUAGAAUUCAAUAAAAACUCAUUAAAAGUAUCAUUGUUCGAAAAAUUCGGAAUCUACUUUCUGUUUAUUCAAUGAUUUGUGUGUGAAUACGUUUUUCACGUAAAAUAUUUCACUAUGAUUCGUAUUCCACGAUUAGUUUAUUAAUUAAUUCAAUAAUAGAAACUAAAACUUGCUUAAAAAAUCAUUAACAGAAUGAAAAAAUGUCUCAAUGACACUUCUGCAGUCUUCUACAUGUUUCAAUCAGUAUAUAAAUUAUGAGUCUAGUCUACUACAAAAGUUCUGAAUCAUUUGCAAAGAUAAAUAUAAAGAUAAUGAACACACUGUUUACACUACAACUUCACCAUAACUCAAAUUACAGUGCCUGACGCGCGUUUCGUUAACCAAGUUAUCGUCUUCAGAGUUUUAGUUUACCUUCAAUCUCUGAAGACGAUAACUUGGUUAUCGAAACGCGUGUCAGGUAGUGUAAUUGUGAGUUGUGGUGUAAUAAACAGUGUGUUCAGUAUGAAUAUCAUUCAGCUUAGAAUAUAGAGAUGUCAUGAUAGCUACAAGCUUGGAAAUUUGUUAUACUUGACUUUUAUUUAGUUCUAAACAGAUCUGCAGCAAUUUCAUGAGAACUUUGUGGUUUAACCGUCGUGUAGAAUAAUCUAAGUGGAGGUUUAUUCUGUUUCAGUCAGUACUUCUCGGCGAAAUAAUAACGCAUUUUAAUAUAUCGUUAUCCAUGUUAUUAUGAAAGUUUUUGCUUACACGAAAUUGGUUUGACAACCAGUAGCUAAGCUACAAUAUUUUGGGAUGUAGUUCUAACACUUGCUUGAUGUUCAACUUGUCAUUUCCAUCUCGAAAAUUCGUCCGAUACAAUGAAAUUCACCUGGCGAAGUUGUUUUUUUAUAUAAAAAAAUGAGUUCUGACUUGAUUUCAGUAUUUAUAGUUUCGAAAUGAUCAUUCGCUAUCGUUAUCAAUUAAUAACAGAGGCCAGGGAAAAAAUUUGCAUUCAAAGAAAAAAUGUAGCGUCAAAUUUAUUUAUAGAAUUUGCAGAAGGGACUCGAAAAAGGGUUUACUUCCCAUACACACACACACACACACACACACACACUUCAGACAUGUUUAAAUCUUUUUCAAUGAAGACCACUCACAAAAUUGCCGCGCUGCAGAUUAGUUCGGCUGCUCAACUAACUUCAGCGCCACCGUUUCGUUAGUUGUCACUGAUAUCGGUCGUCGAAAGCGCGGCGCGUCGCCAACAGAGCCCGUUGUUGAUAAUUUCUGAUACGUCUUUUAUACUGUUUAAAGAUUUGGUAGCGACGAGUUUAGGCAUUGUCUACUCGUUAUUAUUAUACAGAUAGAACUGUCUGAAAUACGACAGCGUUGCCAGAUUUAUGAGUGUUGCUUGACUCAUGACGACCUCUGUAUUUUUUCAUUUCUUCAUUAAUCUUCUUGAAUAUAUUCCUUGUUCAAUUCAAUAAAUAUAUUCCAGACAUUGAACGUAUGUUUAAUAGAUAAUUAUUGUAACUUUCUAGUAUAAAGGAAUUUAAUCACAUACUGUAUAUAAAAUAACUGAAUAGAGAUCAUUAUAUACAGUUUUUGAAAACGAGCUUAAAUAAUAAGGGGAUAAACGAUUUGAUAUUUUCUAAAUUUAGUAAAAACAUAAAAAUGUUGAACAAUGAUACUGUUAAUUUUUUUCCAGUAGAUUUAAAUAUUGAAAUAUGAUUUUUGGUACAAAUUUCAACAAAAUUGACUAGACUUAGAGUUUAGAAAUAUCACAUACAUUUUGGUUAUGCGUCAAGACGAAAUAUAAAUACUUUUAAAUGUUUGUGAUAAUUUGAAACGCCCCGUAUAGCAUAAGUUUAUAAUGUAUAUAUGUAUAUUGUAAUUAGGUUGAUAAAAUAUGUUUUUUAUAUUAUGUAUGACGAUUACAUAAUAUCUAUAAGAAGGUUAGAAUUGAUAUCUAUCUAAAUAUUUUCAUUAUAUUUGAAAAUAUCUUCAAUUUCAUCGCCGAUUCAUUAAAAUGAAUAUUUCUACUGUUAGGAAUGUUUAAGGGAUCUUCUGCUUACCUUCUCUUUUACUCGGUUAUAUUUUAAUAUAUUUUAGUUAUUUUAAUGUAAUUUUUUAAUUCUAAAUCCAUUUUUUGACGUAAAUAGCAAAGACCAAUUUGCUGAAACUCAUUUUCUUUUUUGUUUGUUCUCCCAUGUGUUUCCCUCUAUUUUAUUAUGUCGAUCUCUACAAUUUCUUAUAAAUAUUGAAAAUAUUCAAAUUUGUGUCUGGUUUCAGAUAUUUUUCUGGUUCCCGAGAAUGUAACCGUCAGUUUUUGUGAUUAUCUCCUCAAUUGAUCAUAUUUUUCUUAAAUAGUUUUCAUUUGGUGAUUUGGUGUAGUUCGUAAUUUGGAAAACCUUCAAAUUUGUCCUGUUUUCUCCGAUUCAUAUUUAAAUAAGAAUUGAAGAUUGAGCUCAACAUUUUAAAACAGUGGGAAGAGUAGCGAAAAACUUUAUUUUGAUACUUUCCAAUAUAAAUGAAAUGAUGAAGUUUUAAUUAAUAUUUUACAUUGUUAAUCAUAUUGUUUGUGUACUUUUAACUAUAAAACUUUUUUAUAUUCAAAAAUUAUCAAUUUUACGAAUAAAACAAUGUAUAUUAGAAA